GGAGGGAAGGGAUGCGUCACUGGAUUAGUGCCUGAGAAUCCGUCCCAGCCUCUUCUCCCUCCUGAGCUGCUGAGACGCCACCAGAAGGGCAAGACACUCACUACUCGCUUUACCUCCACCAAGCCUUCCACAUGAGCCAGCCAAGCCUUAGCUCUCCACCAGGAUGAAGAAGGAAAAGAAAACACAUGCUCUGCUGUUUCUCCUCCUGCUUCACUUUACCUCAGGGAAAACGGACUAUGCUCCAUAUUUUUACGACAAUGGACCCAGCAGUACAAAUGGGAACAUGGCCUUGUUUAGCAUCUCUGAGGAUACACCAGUUGGGAUGCAGGUUUACAUUCUGAAUGGUACAGAUCCAGAGGGAGAUCCAGUACGAUACGGUCUGACAUUUGAAAAGGGCUCCCAAGAAUAUUUAAGGGUGGAGCCCAAGUCAGGAAAUGUGACCCUAGUUAAAGAGCUCGACAGAGAGAAACAAGAUGAGAUCUCAGUGCUUGUGAGCAUAACUGACGGUCGCAAUAAAGUUAUCGAGACAGUGAGAGUGUUUGUCACUGAUGCCAAUGAUGAACCACCUGAAUUUCAAAACCUGCCUUUCAUCAUUAAUAUCCCAGAGGAUACUGCUCCAGGAAGUAGCAUCUACAGAGUCCAAGCAGUGGAUAAAGACAUGGGCUCAGGAGGCAGCGUCUCUUAUUAUCUACAGACAUCACCACUUGCAAAGUUUACCAUUGAUGGGCACAGCGGUAUCCUCAGAGUCAAACCUGGUGAGACUUUGGACUACGAGACCACACCGACACACUUUGUGACGGUGGUAGCAAAGGAUGGAGGUGGAAAGUACAAGGGGAAGCACCAGGUGUUGACCUCCACAGCCACUAUAACAAUCAACGUGAUUGAUGCUCAAGACAUGCCUCCAUCCUUCAUAGGGACUCCUUAUUUUGGCUACGUCUACGAAGUCUCAGUCCCUGGUUCUGAAAUAUUCACUGUUUACGCUAAAGAUGGAGACCAAGGCAAUCCUUACCCCAUACAUUAUUCCAUUAUGAAUGGAAGUGAUGGAGUCUUUGACAUAAACAGCACCAGUGGAUCCAUCACCCUGUCAACAUAUCCUUCUAUGCUGAACAAUGAAUUAUAUGAAAUCAAAGUCAAGGCGUCAGAGAUCGGACCAAAUGAUCACCUGAUGGACUAUGACAUUACCACGGUUACAGUCCGGGUGGUGGAUCUCAACAACCAUCCGCCCACUUUUUACGGAGAGAACGGACCACAGAGCAAGUUCGAGGUCACCAUGUACGAGCAUCCUCCAGCAGGGGAGAUCCUACGGGGGUUGAAGAUCACUGUCAACGAUUCGGAUCAGGGAGCUAACGCUAAAUUUAAACUGAGACUGGUUGGGCCGAGCCGAGUGCUUCGAGUGGUUCCCCAGACGGUCCUCAAUGAAGCGCAGGUGACGAUCAUUGUGGAAGACACGUCCGGCAUCGACUAUGAAAAAGGACAGACACUUACAUAUAAGCUGCUGGCAGUGGAGAUCGACACUCCUGAGAGAUUCAGUGCAACAGCGGACAUAUUGAUCAACCUGCUGGACACAAACGACAACAUCCCCAAAUUCACAUCGGAGUAUUACAUCGCAAGGGUCCCGGAAAACUCUCCUGGUGGCUCCAGUGUUGUGUCUGUAACUGCAAUUGAUCCAGAUUCAGGACCUUGGGGUGAAGUCAAAUACACGAUUUAUGGAUCAGGAUCAGAUUUGUUUUCCAUCCACCCGUCCUCAGGCCUCAUCUCCACGCAGCCCUGGACCAGCUUGGACGCAGAGCUCAGGUCCAAAUACAACUUUUACGUCAAAGCUCAAGACUCGGAGGAAAAGUACAGCCUGGCUGAAGUCUUUGUCACCGUCCUUGACAUAAACGAUCAUCAUCCAGAGUUUGAUGAAGAACUUCUGGAAAAGACCAUGAUUAUUGGCUCACCUGUUAAAAUUUUGGCAGUGGAUGAAGACGCAGAGUCUCCAAACAACGUCAUCGAGUACGCCAUCAUGAAAGCAGAUCCUGAAAACGCCUUUGAUAUAAACUCAGACACCGGGGAGAUCCAGCUGAAGCCGUACAUCAAGUCCAUGGAGAUUGUUCAAAAUAUCACCAGGCAGAAGGACGCCAAGUGGUCUCUGGUGGUCCAGGCCAGGGACAGAGGCUCCCCGUCAUUCAGCACAACGGCUGUGGUCAACAUCGAUAUCACAGAGGCGACUCCUCUCAAGGGGCCUAUGGCGGCCUUUUUAAUGAAAAGUAGAGACAAUCCUAUGAAAGCUCUAGGCAUGGUCGUUGUUGUUGUUAGCGUAAUGGUGGGCGUGACUGUGUUGAUCUCUACGGCUCUGUACUUGCGCAACUCAAAGUCAAACAGGAUCAUGCCCGUGCGUCGCAUCAUCAAGAGGAGACCCAGAGAGCAUCAGCCUUGGACCUUCUCGAUGCCCGUUAUUCGAUUCAAUAACCCUGCAGAGAAGUUCCUCAUCAGCGAUGCCGAGAGCAACUCCAGUGGUCCCAGGACGAGGCCUCCACCCCCCAGUGCUCCCUCUCUGCCUCCUCCACCUCCGUUUCACACACGUCCAAGUGAGAGACCCCGGGCGGUACCCACCAUAUCCGGUGCUCUGUCCUCCAAAGAGUCCAAAAAAGCAAAGUGCACCCGCCGUAAAGACGGAAACAUGAGCUCUGCUUUAGUGUCUGAGCUGAAAAUGAAGUUAGAGCAGAAAAUCCACGAGAGUAACAAAGGUUAUUAUUAACUCUGACACACAAACAUCUGAUUUAAAGGUUCCCUGGUCCUGUCUUCCCCAAACUGUACCUUGAAGUUCAUGUGAUGAUCUGGUAGGAUCCACCUGCAUUUAGAUCAUUAAUGGGCAGAGGGUUUGAGGGUUAUAACAGGAAUGUUUACAGAUAUUAAAGGCGACUUGCAUGAGUAUUAACCCCCCUGAACUUUUCCAUAUGUUACAACUGCAAAUAAAAACUGAUUUUAUUGGGGUUGUAAGUAAGGGACCAACAGAAAACAAUUCCAAAUUUUGAAGUAAGAAAGGAAGAAUAUAAUGUGCAUUUCAAAAUGAUCCACAUCCAUUCAAAAGGUCUAAAUAAGUCUAUUUGAAUUUCAGGUUUUAACAGUAAAAUGUGGGAAAGUUCAAAUCUCGUUAACACUUAUUCAAAGGCGCUGUAUGUCUCGAGGCAGACUGCUUUUCACUGGUGCAGAGAUAAAUCACUACACUGCCAUCUUGAGGAAGAUUACAUCUUCUUAACAGUCAGAAGGGACACUGUACCUUCCCUGAGGAGAGGAUUACUAAGACUUACUGUGCAUAGGCACGAGUUACAUAACUUCCUGAAAAGUGUCAAUAUCAGGACCCUGUAUGCUUUAUUGUUUUUCGACACUGAACUCUGACCAGAGCGUGCAGCUGAAUAAAACGGUGAUGAAAAACAAAACAACUCAGCUUCUUAAAAAGUGCUUAAAAAGAACCCGCGUGUGAAUAUUUUUACUGUGUUACAUCAGCCGCUUGAAAGCUGACCAGUUGCUCUUUUGUAUGAUGUGCCACUGUAGGUUUUCAAAGUAAAGCAAGAUAAACUUAGGCUUAUUUAAGUGUCUAGAGAAAAGCUUUUGUGUACAUAACAUGGGUCCAUUUUUAAUGUACAGUAUGGAGUAAUUUAUCAUUAUAUUGAGUGUACAUACAGUAUGUGACAGGAUAUGGACAAUGUCCAGAUGUAUCCUGCAGCAGUAAAUACAAUGAAACACUUUUCUUAAAUAAAUAUACAGUAACUCUAUAAAACUCCAUGUAACUCCACCCGUGGGAUGUUGUCGUUCAAAAAAAGGUCAUAUUAAGUUUUUCAAACUCAGAUCAUCGUGUAAAUAAGUAAACAUAACCUCUUCCUCUAUCUAUAGAUGUAAAGAGUCUGUGCUGAACAUUUAGUCAACUACAGUGUUAACCUUCAAAGCCUUUAAAUGAAGGCAAAUAAAAUCAGUCAUUGAAUUGCUGUAAAAAAAA